AUGGCUGGAGGCCGGAAUGCCCUUCAGCUCCUGCUUGCCACAUUGGUGGCCCUGAUUUCCUUAACCAACCAAGCAAGGAAAAAAACUUUUAUGACAGUCCAAGAAGUGUCUGUAACAGAACCUUACGUGGAGGACACAAUGCAGUUCCUGAUCAGCAAGUACAACCAGGAGAGUGAAGACCUGUACAACUUCCGGGUAAUUCGUGUCCUCAGCAUCCAGAAGAGGAUUACUGACCACAUGGAGUAUCACAUUAACGUUGAGAUGCGACGGACCACGUGUCAAAAAUCAGAGACCAUGAACUGUGGAUUUCAGGAUGGAGAGCUUUACAAGCAAAUCAAGUGCUCCUUUUCAGUGUUUGUCAUACCUUGGUUUGAAAAAUAUAAAAUUCUGAGCAAAAACUGUACCAGUGCCUAG